UUACAGCCAAAUGAAGCGUUGCCUAAUCUACAAAGCUUUAAGGGUUCUAGAACAAGUCUUUUUAUGGGCUCGACAUUAUUUGGCUUUGAUCAUUUUGGCGGUGGAGAAAAAGACGAUAAAAAUAAGGAUAAAGAAAAAACCCCAACCGAAGAAACAAACAAAAAAUUACCGAUUAUAAAUCCACUAGUACGCUUACCAAAUUGGCCAAAUCUUACAAAUGGAACUGGAUUUAUAUCGAAAUGUUUAUUGGCAAAUGCAGAUACUCUUUGUGCCGCUGUUAGUCCACUUAUGGAUCCCGAUGAAACCCUACUUGCUGGAUAUCACGAAAAGUGCGUUAUGAAUAAUUAUUUUGGCAUUGGUAUUGAUGCAAAGAUAUCACUCGAUUUUCAUAACAAGCGUGAAGAACAUCCAGAAAAGUGUCGAUCUCGUGCCAAGAACUACAUGUGGUAUGGCGUCUUAGGUUCUAAGCAAUUAUUGCAAAAGACCUGUAAGAACUUAGAGCAACGUGUGCAAUUGGAAUGCGACGGUCAACGUAUACCAUUGCCCUCAUUGCAGGGCAUUGUUAUACUUAACAUACCAAGUUUUAUGGGUGGCACUAAUUUCUGGGGUACCUCCAAAAAAGAUGAUAUAUUUUUAUCACCCAGUUUUGAUGAUCGCAUAUUGGAAGUAGUCGCUGUAUUUGGGUCUGUACAAAUGGCUGCAUCCCGUUUAAUCAAUUUGCAACAUCAUCGCAUUGCACAAUGUCAGAGUGUACAAAUCAAUAUACUCGGUGAAGAAGAAAUACCCAUACAAGUAGAUGGUGAAGCUUGGUUACAGCCGCCUGGUAUGAUACGUAUUUUACACAAAAAUCGUGUGCAAAUGUUAUGUCGUAAUCGCCAUUUGGAAGUAUCACUAAAGACUUGGCAGGAGAAACAACGACAACAUAGUAUUUCUAUACAGCGUGAACAAUCUUCCACUGCUUCGGAACAUGCAAUUUCCACCGAUGAAGUUAUAUCGGAACGUGAAUGUUAUGUAUUGCUCAAUUUUAUAGAAGCCGUCAGUUCGCUAGUGAAGUGGGUGAAAUUCUUAAUAAUUUCACAUCCAUCAUUGCAACAUGAUUUGUAUGCAGUUGCCUGUAGAGCUUCCGAGGCUUUGGAAUCAAUACACCCAAAUGGUAAACUAUUAGAGGGUCCUACUUUGAGAACAAAGCUUGUGGAAGUUAUUGACUCUUCGAGGCAACUCUACGAUGAUGCUUGCACUUUGUUACGAGAUCGUGGGCAUAGUUUAAUAUUGCGUGAAGAUCUCGAGACAAAGUUAAGUGCUGCACUAGCAAAUAUGGAAAUGGAGUUAAAAAAAUGUUCAGUGCAAAAAUGUAUUGACGGCAAGAUACGUGCUUAUUUCAAUGUUUUAGCACCAAAUGAAGAGGGUGAUGGCCGACGCAAGUCUCGUCCAUUUUGGGUGCGCCUGCGUUCUGGUUCCACCGCAGGUCAGCAGCAAUUCAAACCACCGCUCACCAAUACACGUGAAGCUGUCAGCAAUUGGAGUGUUAAUGAAGUCGUCACUUGGCUGGAGACAAUGCAGCUAUCUGAAUACGUGGACAGUUUUCUUAAAAAUGACAUACGUGGUAAAGAACUUUUAACUUUGGGUCGUAGAGACUUAAAAGAUCUGGGCGUCAUUAAGGUAGGACAUGUUAAACGCAUAUUACAGGCUAUUAAAGAUUUAGGCGAGAAUUAAGUGUAAAAAAAAAAUUAACAAUUAACAAGUGUUUUAUUAAAUU